CCCGCAAGCCGAAAUGCAGGAUAACAUUAUUUUCCGUGAGCAUGAGAUAUGGAAAAUUUGGGAUUGGUGAAAAUUGAGCAAGACACCUCUUCUGCGGAUACCAGUGUCAGAAAUGCUCUCAGCUCUGUUGGCUGUGACUUGAGUAAUAACAGAAGCGGUCCCUCUGCCAGCCCAAAUGGCAUCUCCAGUUUCUCAGGGAAAGCCAGCCCUGCCGUAAUACCUGGCGAGGUUGAUCUGCUGGCCUCUUUUUUGCAAGACACUGAAAGGUGUGGUGACUCUGAAAUAUUGAAGAACUGCGAGGCGAGGUGGUUACACUUCUUCAGGCUGGUGGGAAAGCAAUGCCAAGAACAGAUAGUUGCCCAACAGAAACACUUUUACCAGCAACUCCAUCACAUACAGAAUGAGAUCCGGCACUUGGUGAAAGUGCAACACCAGAAUGCGUGUUCAUGCGCAGACCGAAGCUCUCCAGCCAAGUGUGCGAACACUCCUUUUUCGCUAAAAACCCCGAUGGGGUUACAGUCUGAAACCUUUGAAAAAAAUGAGCUCUCCGUCCAUCAACUUAAAGCGAACAAAGCUGAGAACCAGCUGGAAGCUUCAGAGUGUCGCGCGAACAGUGUUUCGAUGAGCAGCGGGUAUGGCACCUGUUCCGCUACAGAACUGAGUCCUGACAAGGCUAAAGACAUCCGGGCGUGCAUGGAAAAUACAGGGGGGAUCACCAGCGGACAGGAUAGCGUAGCAUCAACGCAGAAGGCAUUAGUCACAGCCGUAGUUCAAAAUAAAAAAGAGUUUGCACACUCAACUGUAGAACAUGGUUUACCACUGAAGGACACUAUCGCUUUACUUGCUGAAUCUACGCUUAAGAUUAGUGAAGGUCGGUAUGGAGGAGCAGGCUGUAAAUCUUUAACAUCAUGGGCUCAAAAGCUUAAACAAACCCAGCUGAAAAGAACAAAUGCAGAAGAAGAAGUGCAUUCUGCCGAUGGGAAAGAGCAAACAAAGACUCUACCAUUUGAGAUUACUAGUCCUCCUGCCGCUGUUCCAUCAUAUCCUUUUUACCUCAGUCAACCAAGUGGAAGCCAAAACUCUUUAGUGUCUGACAUUUCAGGACUGACGUACUGGAAACUAGAUGAAAAGGAAACGUACCUCUCUUUGCCUGAGAAUUUUGGGAAUGAAUUUAAUACAUAUCCAGCUACGGUGUCCCCAGAACAGUCUUCUUCUGGCGAUGAAGUGAAGCCCUCCUCCUUAAAGGAAAUUUAUCACAAGAAACAAAGGGAGAGCAAGCAGCUUGCUGACUGGAACUUUUCGCCCUCGCAAUCCACCCACCCUCCUGAGAUCCUGACGCUGGACCCAACGCUGCACAUGAAACCAGGCCAGCAGAGUCCCGGACUUGCCCCACACGGCUUUUACAGGACCCCAGAGGAGGUUCCUUUUUCCCCAGACUCUAUGGCAGAUCCUGCUUUUUUCAUUCAUUCCGAUCCAGAUUCAUUUUCGCGCAUGAGUUCCGUAACAUCUCCUCAAUCUGCCGAUUCUCCAAAAUAUGCUUCUAGUACAACUGCUUUUCAAGUGGACCCCUGGAACGGUUGUGCAUUCCAGAAUGAAGCGGAGGGCACCAGCGGUUUUUACCCAGUGGCGUUUUCUCACCCAAGUCAUCACAUUUCAAACACCGAGGAUGAAGACAAUCUAACACUAAAACCAUCUUCAGCUGCACAGUCCCAGCUUCCCUCUGGUGGCAAUAGUUUGGCAGGUUACAGUGUUUCACUGACGUGCGCGGAAGACCCUGUGAUGCUGUCCAAGAUCAGGCAGAAUUUGAGGGAAAAACACGCCCGCCACAUCGCUGAUCUACGAGCUUAUUAUGAUUCAGAAAUUCAAAGCUUAAAGCAGCAGCUGGAGACAAGCCAUAAACUUCCUUUCAAAGACCUGAAGAAAAUUAAUCAAAGUCUUGCUGACAGAUGUGAUCAGUUACAGGCAACGUUGAACGACACUAAUAAUCGUAUGCGAGCCCUUGAAAAUAAGAAUAACGCUUUGGAGAUGGAAGUGACAGACUGGAGGGAGCGCUUCUCCAUUGUCAGCAGCACAACCAAAGCUUUGCGAGAGCAGGUUGAAGAGGUGCGUGCUGGCAGCAAAGAGAAAGACAACACCAUCAGCCGUCUGAAGAGGAGGCUCAAGGACCUGGAAGAAGCAUUUGAAAAAGCCCACAAGCUGUCAGAUAACAAAGACGCCAGGCUCAGAGCAGAAAACAACAUGUUUCAAAACCUUUUAGGAGAAUACGAGUCCCUUGGGAAGGAACAUGAAAGAGUUAAGGACACGUUAAAUGUAACUGAGAAUAAGCUGAUUGACGCACAUGCUCAGAUCUCUGAUUUGAAAAGAACAGUCUCCAAACUGGAAGCUCAGAUCAUGCAGCUGGAACACGAGAACCUACAAAAAUUUCGACACCUUGCAGACAGUCACGUAAAAACACCUUCUGCCAACAAACGCACAAACUCUGAUGUCAGCAGAAGGAAAUGGCUGAUACCUGGUGCAGAAUAUUCCAUCUUCACAGGCCAGCCUUUAGAAGGUGAUGAGAGCCCCAAAGAUAACAGGCUAGAAGAUGCGUAUGCUGCUUACAGGAACCAUUCUCCUCCAGAGAAGGACUCCUCUCCCGAUCCCUCACUUACAAAUGAAAUGGAGAAAAAAGAAAGGGAAAUGCCAGAAGCACCCAUAUUAAAAGCUGUUAAAGAACUUGAAGAAAGGAAGGCAUCGAAAAGUUGGGGCACACAGACAGAAAAAGAGGGGGCGGCUCCCACCAACAAAUCAACCAGCCGUCGUCUGACCGUUGGAUUUGAUGAAGCCUCGCUCGCUGCCAGUCGGUCCCCAGAGAAAGGCAAAGACAGGCACAAAAGAUACAGCUCGCCUUGUGGCCAGAGGUCCUCAUCUCUCCCCCCUUCCAAUAGGAAGUCAAACACUCCAAGUAAGACAGCAAGGAGAGAGAUAAUGCUGGCUCCAGCUGCUGUGACGUGCAGCCCGAAACGGUCUCCGAAAGAGAACCUGUCUCCAGGAUUUAGUUACUUGCUCAGCAGAAAUGAGAACACUGUGACAAGGUUUGAUAUCCUCCUGGAUGAGUUGGAAAAUGCUCCACCUGCCUCACAACACAGCAACCCACGGAAAAGGCUCCAGUUUCUUUCCAUAGGUGACACAGAAGAAACGCAGCACCACAGCCCAGGCAAAGACGGCCGUGCAACGUAUCCCCCUCGCGCCGAUUCUUUGCAUGCAGGAGCCGAGAGAGGCGCGGUGGGGCCAGUGAGGGGAGAAGAGAUCUCUGCACUUGUGAGCGAGCCCAUCCCACCUUCAGCGGUACCAGCUUAUACGGCAGAUGUCAAAUAUGUUUCAAGGAUCAAGACUUUGGCGGAAACGGAGAAGCUCUUUGACGAGCUCACGCAUGAAAAACAACAGAUUGAGGCGCAGUUGAGCCGGAUACCUGGUACAGGAGUGAGAAUGACUCUGCAAGCAAGGUUAAAUCAGGAAGCCUUGGAAGAUCGCUUGGAAAGGAUCAAUAGAGAACUGGGGUCCAUCCGCAUGAUCUUAAAGAAAUUCCAUGUUUUGCGCACCUCUGCAAAUACCUGAAAUGUCUUUAUUUAAAUUCCAGAUGUCCUUUUGUUUGCACUAAAGCAUAAUAAUUAUGCACUCUGGAAAUGCAGCCCGUUUUGUAUUUUUGUAAAAAAAACAAAAACCCUCCAGCCCUUAUGCAAUCAUGUACCCCUUUACACACAGCAAUAUUUUGUAUUGAGUCACAUAUAUUUUAAGACCUAUUUUUCUUACACCUGAAGGAAUCAAUCUGUCAAUUCUGUAUUUUGCUACUUUUUAAGAAGUGUUUAUAGUUUUCCCCCCCUGAAAAUGAGGGACACGAAUUCUUUAUAAGAAUCAAGAAACAAAGAGACAGCUUCUUUUCAAAGGAUUAUCAUGUUGAAAUCGUUUUUGGCAGUGACCUCUGCUCAUCAUUUUUAUAGAGCAACAAACCUGUCUUGUAAAGUAAGAUAUGACAAAGUAUUGCGUUUUUUAUUCCCACUGAAUAUGACACACAGCUUCUUGUGACGUGAGCGCCAAUGUGACAUUCACAUUUUGUAACUUGU